AUGACCACGCGUCGCAAGCCGGGCUCAGGGAGCACCUCCAGCCGUCACUCGAAGAGCCGCCGAUACCUGCCGACGCUCGGCGCUGCCCACGCCGCCACCUCAAAGGACAAGAUGGUAGUCCCUUACCUCCUCACCGAGGCCCGCGUCAACUUCCAACCUCACACCACAAUCGAGUACACCACCGACGACCCGGCUUUAUCCGGCUGGAUACCCGAAGGCCAGGUCCAUCACCGCGCGUUGGGAAGGUAUUGGGGUACGAAACUGGUCAUGGAGGGCAUCGACAAGGAGUCAUGGGUUGCGUCCCAACGCCGGGCGCAGAAGCUUGGACAGCAGAAUCCGAAGACCGGCGAGAACACCAGCGAUCAGACCGGUGCGCAGCAUGGCGAAGGGAAGCGGGAGAAAACAAUCAAAGUCUCACGAAAAGGUGGUCUUUGCUGGAUCGCGGAAGAUGAUCGGGAGUGGCUUUGA